AUGGCAGCUGAGGAAGCCCAAGAGGCAAAGGCGAAGUGCGGCAGCUGUGGCUUGGAGUAUUCCCAAGAGGAAGGUCGUCUACAUGGACGAAACUUCAAGUGCGGCAAUUGCAAGAAUGUGGAGCAGACGUUACGGCGUCAUCUUGGCACCACCGCAGACUUGCAAGAGUUUUCCCAAGAGGAGAGUGAGAAGUUCUUUAAGGCGACACAUGCCGCCAAAUGCCCUGACGGAAAGCUUGCUUGGCAAACCAUCCGGGCGACCCUGCUGAAGCGCAUGACCGAAGUGAGGAUUGCGUCCUUUGAGAGCAAGGUCGCGGUGGAAGAACUUCCUUUGUCCGUGCUGCUGACGCGUGGAUGGGAGGAACAGGUGGUGCGGAAAUUUCCUUCGGAGUUUUCCGAAGCCCAUGGCUGCGAUCUGUUCAAGUGCCAUUCGGAGGAAACUUUGCUGGAAAGGGAAAAGCAAGCAAGCAAAAAGAAGGGGAGCAAAGACAUGGACGUGCCUCUCGCUGGCCCAAGCGGUAAGGAGGAAGCGGAGUCUAAGAAGGCUGACCGCAAGAAAGCCCAAGAGGCUAAGAAGGUUGUCACCGAGAACGUGAAGAUUGCAACCUGGGCGGCCAAGUGCCUCGGACCUCUGACCCAAGCGGAAACCUCCCUCACCAAGGUGAUUGCCAAGGGAGACACAGUGCCGGAUCCGGACGAGAAGGCCCUGACACUGUGUAAGGACAAUCUGGUCACGGUGACCGGUUGGAUCAAGGCGUCUAAGGAAGCGGUGUCCUUGCAGGAUCACAAUAAAGAGAAAGAGGAAGAGGCCCAGGUGGCCUUAGUUUCCUUGCCCUGCGACGCGACUGACGUCAAAGUGCUUCUCAAACAAAUUGCGGAAGCCACGAAAGCCCUACGCGGGUCCUUCCCAAAGCCGAAGGCUAAGGCCAAAGCGGUUGCGGGAGCAGAGGCGUCUGCGCCGAAGCGUCGCAGGACCAAACAAAACCCGAUCGACGAUGGCCCGGGUGCGCAGUUCCGCGCUCUGCGACAGUUGCCAGGUGUCAGCCAAGAGCUGGGGCGAAACAUCGUGUCGCUAUUGCGAGAUGAUGACAGAGGAAAAGGCGUCUGCAAAAGAAAAAAGGACAUUGCCCCAGAGGCAUGCGGGAUUCAAGUUCGUCUACGGGACGAAGGCAAUCCCGAGAUCGAAAUUGAGGCGCAAGACGCCAAAUAUUCCUAUGUGGAAUACACGCGUGUGGUCCUACGGCAUCUCCAUGGCGAGGUGCAAAAUGGCGUUGCACUGGAUGCCAACAGCGCCAACUUCCUCCCUCAGACUGAAGAAGGACUUCGUAAGAUUCUGCAGCAUUUUGAUUCUUGCAGGACGAAGAAGAAUUUGCAAGAGGCAGAAACAGCUCUAGGCUGGAAUGCAGAGAUGUUGCGUCGAUCAGUUGUCACUGAUGCCUUCUUGAGUGGCUGGGUUACAUUGCAAUCCUUUUACUUCGACAGCAUGCACCAGUACUGGUCAUGCGGGCAAGUUGCGCAGGAGCUGGGUCUUUGGUACACGCAUCUUGCCGAUUGCCACAUUACCUUGGACGCUCUGCGCGCAUGGGUCGCCAUUGGUUGGAAAGAUCUAGGGCGUACGCCGCCCAUGCAUUUGUUCUCUGAUAAAAUGUUCAAACGCGACAUAGACUACCGCGGAGACGCGCAAGCGUGUCUGGUGGUAUUCCCACUCUGCUGGGCAUAUAGCAUGGAAAUCUUAAAUGGCCGCUAUGACGUGGCAGAAGCUAUUGCUUCCCUGAAUGCCCUCUACGCUGUGACACAAGUCAUCCAUGAGAUGAAAAGGCAGCCACGAGCUGUGGAGCGGUUAGAGCCGUUGCAACAGGAUCGACCACAUGAAGAAAUUUCGUGCGGCGUACGGUUCGGAGCAUGUGCGUCCGAAAGUUCACUUCUCGCGGCACUUGCGUGA